GGCCCGGGUGGGCUCGGCUCCGGUGCAGGAAGCUGAGCAUCCAGAGAAUUUUGCUGUGGGAAUCAGCGGUUACUGUUCAGAAUGGGGGAUAUUCUGGCUCACGAAUCUGAAUUGCUUGGACUCGUGAAGGAGUAUUUAGAUUUUGCUGAAUUUGAAGACACCUUGAAGAUAUUUUCUAAAGAGUGUAAAAUCAAAGGGAAACCACUGUGUAAGACUGUGGGCAGCAUCCCGAGGGACUCCAAGCCAUUGGUAAUCCAGAAGGACCUGGUGGCAGCCUUUGACAGCGGAGACCAGAAGCAGUUCUUUGAUCUGUGGGUCCAGCAUAUUCCCAGCACUGUGCGUGACAGUGACACCCUCGCCCAGAAGCUAGAAUUCUACCUCCACAUCCACUUCGCCAUCUACCUGCUGAAGCACCACAGGGGGACACCUGACAAAGAGGAACUGGACAAAAGGAUUUCCUACUUCAGAACCUAUCUGGAGACCAAAGGGGCAACACUGAGCCAGACCACGGAAUUUCUCCCUUUCUAUGCGCUGCCUUUUGUUCCCAACCCCAGGGUCCACCCAUCCUUUAAGGAGCUCUUCCAGGAUUCCUGGACCCCAGAAUUAAAAGUAAAGUUGGAGAAGUUUCUGACUGUAAUUUUCAAAGCAAGUAGUACUCCGAAGCUCUUAACAUUAUACAAGGAGAAUGGACAGAGUAACAAAGAAAUGCUGCAGCAGCUCCACCAGCAGCUACUGGAGGCUGAACGGAGAUGCAUGACAUAUCUGAAGCGGUACAACAAGAUCCAGGCAGAUUACCACAACCUCAUCGGGGUCACUGCUGAGCUGGUGGACUCACUGGAGGCCACAGUCAGUGGCAAGAUGAUCACCCCUGAAUACCUGCAGAGUGUCUGUGUCCGCCUCUUCAGCAACCAGAUGCGGCCCAGCCUGGCGCACAGCAUGGACUUCACAAGGCCAGGCACGGCCUCCUCCAUGCUAAGAGCAUCCUUGGUGCCCGUGAAACUCAAGGAUGCGCCUUUGCUGCCCUCCCUGGACUAUGAAAAGCUGAAGAAGGAUUUGAUCUGGGGGAGUGACCGCCUAAAGGCAUUACUGCUGCAGGCCCUGCGCUGGCGCCUGACUACGUCCCAGCCUGGGGAGCAGAGGGAGACAGUUAUGCAGGCCUACGUCAGCAAUGACCUCCUGGACUGUCACAGUCACAGCCAGAGGACAGUGCUCCAGCUGCUGCACUCAAAGAGCGAAGCUGUGCGUCAGUACAUGGCUCGGCUACUCAAUGCUUUCGCUUCCCUGGUGGAAGGUCGCCUCUACCUCGCCCAGAGCCCUAAAGUGCUGCGGAUGCUGGAGGAAAGGCUAAAGGAGGAAGACAAGGACCUUAUCACCCGGGAGAACGUUCUGGGGGCCUUGCAAAAGUUCAGCCUCAGGCGCCCACUGCAGACAGCCAUGAUCCAAGAUGGCCUCAUCUUCUGGCUGCUAGAGACACUAACGGAGCCCGACUGCCUGUCCGACUACACGCUCGAGUACGCCGUGGCCCUGCUCAUGAAUCUCUGUCUCCGGAGUGCAGGGAAGAACAUGUGUGCCAAGGAGGCUGGCCUCGUGCUCAAAGUUCUCUCGGAUCUGCUGGGCCACGAAAACCACGAGAUCCAGCCUUAUGUGAAUGGAGCCCUGUACAGCAUCCUCUCUGUCCCGUCCAUACGCGAGGAGGCCCGGGCCAUGGGCAUGGAGGACAUUCUGCGCUCCUUCAUCAAGGAAGGCAGCUCCGAGAUGAUCCGCCAGAUCGAGUUCAUCAUCGAGCAGCUCAGCUCAGAAGAGAUCCCUGAUGGUGAUCUGGAAUCUGAUGAUGAUGAAGAAGAUGACGAUGAUGAAGACCACGACACCAUGGAACCCGACCUGGACAAGGACGAGCUGAUCCAGCCCCAGCUUGGAGAGCUUGUGGGGGAAAAGCUACUGACCACAGAGUACCUGGGCAUUAUGACCAACACGGGGAAGGCGAGGCAGAAGGGGCCGCCGGGUGCACGGUGGAGCGGGGCUGAGCCACUGCGCCGGCCUGUCACCCCCGGGGGACACAGGGCUGGGCCCCCCGCGCUCCCAGACCAUCUAUCUUCCCCAGCACAGACUGCCCAGCACACCAGAAACGGCUACUUCCCAGCAUUGCCCACUUGCAAGGGGAGUGAACCUGGUGCCCCUGAACCUCACUUCUCUUCUUCCACUGUCCAUGGAAGGCCUGGAGAGUGGCUUCCAGCUCGACGUCAGAGCCAGCCUAGAGAGACACCCCAAGAUUUGGGCAGUGCAGAGACAACCAGGGACUUGACAUCUACCUUCAUCUGCAAGCCCCGGACACCCCGGACUCCAGAGAUUCUGGAGCUGAACCCACCCAAUGCCAAGGCAUCAGCUCCUGCCCCUCAGUUCUCCCCGUGGGGCCCCCAGCAGGCCAGCCGCCCCAACUCUACCCCAUCCUCCCUGAGGGGGCUGCACAGCAGCCCCCCCUACAGAAAGUGAGGCCCAUCUCAUGGCAGCUGAUGCGGCACUGAGCACUCUACGCCUCCAUGGGCCCUCCCGCCAUCCUAGACCCUCCAGCCCACUGACCUCAAGUGGACAAGAGACUCGGAGCAACCUUGAGCCAACUGGAGACUCAGAGCAGCACCUCCAGCCACGGGCCUGAGCCUGCUGACGUCCUUGUCCCUCACAGAUGUGCUCACAGCAGGGUCCCGUCCUGCAGUUCGAGCCCUCCAAGACUGGGCUUGACCCUCAGCCCCUUCCACUAUGAGGCUGUGGCUGCAAAUAGUCCCCUUGGCCCCCACAAGGUGGGGCCCUACUGGGACCUUAAGUCUUGGACCCCAGGAAGAAGAUUCUUAUGUCCUGCAAAGCCAGGAACCCCAGUUUCCCAG